ACGAGCGACAUGAGGUGGUGCGGCUGCUAGGAGCUCGCUCGCUCGCUCGUCGCGUCGCGUCCCCCCCGCCCCAGCCCCAGCCCCAGCAUGCUCUUCGACACCUUCGACCUGCUGUCUGCUCUGGCCACGCUGGCGGCGUGCGCGCUGUGCGUGGCGCUGCUGCUCGCCGUGUCACAGCAGCUGUGGCAGCUGCGCUGGACCGCCACGCGCGACAAGAAGUGCAAGCUGCCCAUGCCCAAGGGCUCCAUGGGCUUCCCCUUCAUCGGCGAGACUUGCCACUGGCUCCUGCAGGGUUCGAGUUUCCACGCUUCGCGGAGGCAGAAGUACGGCAACGUGUUCAAGACCCACCUGCUGGGCCGCCCGCUCAUUCGGGUGACGGGCGCCGAGAACGUGCGCAAGGUGCUGAUGGGCGAGCACACCCUGGUGACGGUGGACUGGCCGCAGAGCACCGCCGCCCUGCUGGGACCCAACUCGCUCGCCAACAGCAUUGGCGACAUCCACCGCAAGAGGAGGAAGGUGUUUGCCAAAGUGUUCAGCCACGAGGCCUUGGAGUCGUACCUGCCCAAAAUCCAGCAAGUUAUCCAGGAGAGCCUGCGCGUGUGGAGCUCCAACCCCGAGCCCAUCAACGUCUACAGGGAGAGCCAGAGGUUAUCCUUCACCAUGGCGGUGAGAGUGCUGCUGGGAUUCCGGGUCUCGGAGGAGGAGAUGAGGCACCUGUUCUCCACCUUCCAGGACUUUGUCAACAACCUCUUCAGUCUGCCCAUCGACAUGCCCUUCAGUGGCUACAGGAAGGGUCUGCGAGCGCGCGACAAGCUGCAGAAGAGCAUCGAGAAAGCCAUCAGGGAGAAGCCGCUGUGCACGCACGGCAAAGACUACAGCGACGCCCUGGACGUCCUCAUGGAGAGCGCCAAAGAGAACGGCGCCGAGCUCACCAUGCAGGAGCUGAAGGAGUCCACCAUCGAGCUGAUCUUUGCCGCCUUCGCCACCACGGCCAGCGCCAGCACCUCCCUCAUCAUGCAGCUCCUGCGCCACCCGCCGGUCCUGGAGCGCCUACGGGAGGAACUGAGGGUGCGGGGCUUCCUCCAUAACGGCCGCCUGUGCCCCGAGGGCGAGCUGCGUCUGGACACCAUCGUCAGCCUCAAGUACCUGGACUGCGUCAUCAAGGAGGUUCUGAGGCUCUUCACGCCCGUCUCGGGGGCGUACCGAACCGCCAUGCAGACCUUUGAACUCGACGGGGUGCAGAUUCCAAAGGGCUGGAGUGUGAUGUACAGUAUUCGGGACACCCACGACACGUCAUCCGUCUUCAAGGACGUGGACGCCUUCGACCCUGACCGUUUCAGUCAGGAGCGUGGCGAAGACAAGGAGGGGCGCUUCCACUACCUGCCCUUCGGCGGCGGCGUCCGCUCCUGCCUGGGCAAACAGCUGGCCACGCUCUUCCUACGCAUCCUGGCCAUCGAGCUCGCGAGCACCAGUCGCUUCGAGCUUGCCACGCGACACUUCCCCCGUGUGGUCACCGUGCCUGUGGUCCACCCGGUGGACGGGCUAAAGGUCAAGUUCUACGGCCUGGACUCCAACCAGAACGAGAUAAUGGCCAAGUCAGAGGAGCUGCUGGGAGCCACCGUGUGAAGGUGAUGAUUGAAGGAGCGAAAAGAAGGAUGCCACAUUUUCUUCUCCACCUUUUCGGACUAAAAGAAACGUUUUCACCUCCAGUUCCGACAGAAAAGGAAAAAGCUGCCAUGAGGAUUCUGCUAUCAUCUCAACAAAAAGCAAUGGAAUAUCAUUGGAAUGUGUGUGUGUGAGUGUGGGGGCGGGGGGGGAGGGAGGUAUCGAUAGGCAAGAUGGAGGAAAAAGGGUACCUGAAGACAGGAAGCGAAGGCUUGGGGGAAUUUGCUCAAUCCAAAUUGGCCAAUCAUUAUAGCAAGGUAAAUCGGGGUCCGGACGCAGUCUCUUUCCUUUCUUUUCAAAUCAAAAGUAAAAUGGGAGCUUGGAUUUUUGAACAGCUUUGUCUGUGGGUCGUUUGCUUUGACUACUCAAGUGUAUAGUUCAACUGCAUUCCCAACGAAUGAGAAUGACCUUUGGAUGAAAUUGAUUGCGGUUUAUAAUAGGCUCUCAAAAGGCUCGCCAUUGUUAGAAAGACCAAACUUGGUUGUUGCCUCGCAGCCUCAUGAUUGGCUCAAUACCACUGCAUGCUCAUUUCCUAAAUUAUUUCACUGGAAAGUCGAAGAGGGAACACGUCGUGAGCAAAUUAGCGCCCACUGCUUGCGUUUACAGCUAUCGCCUGCUGACAGUUGGCAUCACAAACACCAGCAAGUGAUUCAAAAUGUAAAUGCUGCUUGUCCUCGUCGUCGUGUCGGUUUCGAUUGUCGUAUUGCGGCCCUCCCGCUUUGAGAGACAACACAGCAGAAUCAUUCCAUCCGAGCGUCCCUCAAACCAACCGAAAGCGUGAACGGCACGGACCAAUGAGGUUUGAGGGGGCAGGGCACGGAGAACGACCAAUAGUGUGGCACGCGCUUGUCUUAACACACCACUGACUUGUUCAGGAAUGGGACGGCAAGUAUUCUCUUUGCUGCUUCUUUGUGGACAUCGUCUCACGGAGAGUUCUAAAUAUCCAAACUUGUUUGUUUUGGUCAAACUCACAUCGUGUUUCUUUACACGUUAUUAGGCACGCUAGCUAAAACUAGCGCAGACCUCUACACCAACUGCUUUGAAUGAAACUAAUAAUCAGGCAAAAGAGUGUAUACAAACUUGCACACAUAUAAUUGUAGGGUCUGCAUUUUGUAAAAAGCAAAAAAAAUAAAAAAUAAAAAUAAAAAAAAUUUAAAAAAAAGAGUGUUAACAUGCUACUGUUUUUCAUAAUUUGUGUAAUACUCAAGCAAGCUCGCAAGCCACAGGAAAAAUCAGCUAUCGACUAAUAACCCAAUAUUAAUGUUAUUAUUGUUGUUCAACUUCUUUUAUUUCUACGACAGAGUUAUUUUAGUUUUGAGCCGAAAUGAAGAAAAAAAAAACGUUUUUGGAAAAUACUGGAUUUCUAUAGAAUGUUAUGUAUUUCAUUUACAUUGUACACAGUGUUGAAAUUGUUAAUAGUGUUAAUUGAUGACUGUAAUUAUGCAGUGUUUUGUUAUUUAGACUUAUUAUCGCUGCAUUUUAUUUGCUAUUAAUUAUGGAAAACGCAAAGCACUUGGGGGUAAGACUAUUUUUUAAGGGCCAAGCGACUACAUUUCUUCUUUCCUGAUGCUUUGUCUGGACGUCCUGUACAUAUUUGGAUUUUCAUAGGAAAUAUUAUGUUGCUUAGCUGAAUUAUGAAUGUCUUCUUUUUUGGUUGUUUUUGUCACCGUGAUUGUUCAAUGUACUCCUGCAAUAAACUCUGUAGUAAAAAAAUUGUGGUUGGACACAAAUAAAAAAAUG